AUGGAGCACCCCAGUACUGCUAAAGAGGACCAGGAUGGUGGAAUACCGUCAGGAGAUGUUAAACAGCGCCAGCCAACUCCGAGGGGGGGGAUUCUUUCCCGCGCUAUCCACGCCCUCGAUUUCAGAAGCCGCGAGUGCAGUGGCAAUGAGACCGAUAAUACUCCUCGAGGACAUGGUGUUCGGUUUUCCUCUCUUCAAAAGACAUCUUUUCUGGGAGGCAAGGGGUCCGACUCCAACCUCAAGAGGCACAUGAAGAUGGAUGCAGAGAACAAAUCCUGUGAUGGUCUCUACGAGAAAGCUCAAUCGCACAAGCAUAAAAUUCCACCAUUUAUCGAUGAGUACUUACAAGUUGCUAAAACGCGUGAAAAUCCUACUCCUUCCUCUCGCCUUCCACAGCGGCCCCCAAUAACCUCAGCGGCUGUGAACUUAACUGUUGACGCCCUAAAGUCGAGCCCUGGACAAGGUAUGUCGACUUGGGUGUCCGCUGUGGUUACAGCUGGUAUCUGUGACUCCGCGAAUGGAACGAAUAUCGAUGGAAAACCUAAUGCAGAUAUCCCAUUGGAUAUAAUGAUACUUGUUAAUAACUCGGCUCGAGGCUCUGAAGAGCAGUUGAAAGCCGCGUACAGAAUCGCUAUCUGUUGCAUCUCCCCUGACCCUACGCAGAAGCUGAACAUCCUUAUGCCGCUUUCUUCCUACAGCUUAGAUACUGCUCGGGUCUUAUUUCGGUCUCUGCCGGCUUUCCAACUUCCACAUGGAGAGUCAAGCCGGUCUCGUUUGGCAGGUGCCAUCAAAGAGGCAUCGAAUUAUCUGACUCGCCAUUCUAGCCGAGGCGCACUAUGCCAUAUGUUCAUUGUCACUGCAGGGUCGACUCUACUAAUUCCAGAUGAUUGCAACGGAGAAUUGUUGCGCUAUCACACCAUCUCCCCUGAGAAUUCUAUGGUGCUCCGUAGCCAAAAAUCGCUAGAAGGCUGGCAUUUAGCAACUAGUUUUGACGACGAAGAGUGCAACUAUGUGGAAUCUACAUUCAAAGAAAAAUUACAAUCAAUCAUUGGACAUCUCAGGACGGGGGUGGAUUCAGGAUAUUUGCGCAAUCUUUCUGUGAGGUUUGAGGCAGGGCCUGACUCCCAUAUUGAAGCUGUUCUUGGAGAAACAACGAGGGAUACGCUUCGUUUGGGUGAAUCGUGGACCAUGUUGGUUAAAGUAAAACCUACACCAGGACUGGCAAACGUUUCACCAGGCAGUCCCGUUGUCCGUUUUGAGGACAAGUCUCAUGUCUCGACUGCAUCAACCGUCGACAUAAUGAUUGAUCAACUCCAAGGGAUGCUUAAGCCUGGGGUUUAUACCACUGAUCCAGAAAGUCGUAUCGCAGCAACUCUAGAAUAUAAGCACUCAGCCUUCCCAGAUAAUGCCGUCAUCACAACCAAAGGGCGAUGCGAAAUUGCAAGAUUCCAACGAACGGUUGCCUGGGAGGAUAGUGUGAAACCACCAACACUUCAAAGCAAUGCGAAUGUUGGCCGUAAUCAAUGCCUGGGGGUCCCAUCUGAUAAUGCCACGAUUAGAGUGAAGAAGCGCCAGCAAGUCUUCAGCUACCUCAAUGGAAAUGGACUCCAAAAGUGUGUUGGAAAAGAAAAUAUGACCCCUCCUUCCUCCAUUGGGCGGAAUCGUCUGGAAUACGGGGACUCACCACCACUGGGGAGCAUGAAUCCAUUUAAGAAUAUUGUUUGCAAGCGGGACGACUUUAUGUUAUCACAACAAUCCCUUAACCAAAUCCCGGAACAUGGCCAUUUUUCUCAGUCAGAGGAUCCUUUUGUUCAACAUUAA